AUGAACUAUCUUCUGUUUCUUGGAUUACUGUCAUCGGCUAUUGCUAUGCGAUGGAUUGUUGCUCGAUAUCCUUACUCAGGUUAUAACAAACCACCGAUGUUUGGUGAUUUCGAAGCACAACGUCACUGGAUGGAAAUAACUCUGCACUUACCGGUGAACGAAUGGUAUCAAAAUUCGUCUGCAAAUAAUUUGACUUAUUGGGGUUUAGAUUAUCCACUAUUGACUGCAUAUCAUUCCUACCUUUGUGGCUGGAUAGCUAAUAAGAUCAAUCCAGCAUGGUGUGCUUUGAAAGCUUCACAUGGUCACGAGAGUGAUGCGCAUAAACUUUUUAUGCGUUAUACUGUAUUUAUUGCUGAUCUUCUCGUUUACUAUCCAGCUGUUUUGUACACAUAUCGAUCUGAUUUACUGAAUAAAAAUGUUCCAACUAAACGAUUGACUGUUUUAUUAACAAAUUUGUUUUAUCCUUUGUUAAUCUUGACCGAUCAUGGUCAUUUUCAAUACAAUUCCAUUAGUCUUGGCUUUGCAUUGCUAGCGUUUAUCAUGGCUACUCAAGAGAAAUCGAUUCUACUCUCCGCAGUAUUCUUUACAUUAUCAUUGAAUUAUAAACAAAUGGAACUCUAUCACGCCGUGCCAAUAUUUGUCUACUUACUCUCGGCAUAUUGCGUCGAACAGAGAAAGAUCAAAUGGAAGACAUUCUUCUCAUUAGGUUUAGUAGUCAUUGGAACAUUUGCUGUGAUUUGGCUUCCGGUGCUUCAACAUAAUCCAUCUACUGUGAUAAAACGACUUUUCCCGUUUGAACGUGGUUUAUUUGAAGACAAAGUGGCGAACUUUUGGUGUACGUUGAAUAUAUUGAUAAAACUUCGAGUGAAAUUUGAACAUGAAACAUUAGCCAAGAUAUGUUUAUUGACAACAUCAUUGAGCAUUUUACCUUCGUGUAUAAUGCUGUUUCGACGACCGACUGUGCGAAAUUUCUAUAUUAGUCUAUUCAAUAUAUCCUUGUGCUUUUAUUUAUUUUCAUUUCAAGUCCAUGAAAAGACAAUUUUACUGCCAUGUCUCCCGAUGAUAUUAUUAUCUGCCACUUAUCCAGUAGAAUGCUUCACUUUUCUCCAAUUUGCUAUGAUCAGCGUCUUUCCUCUCAUGCUCAAAGAUAAUCUAGUAUUUAUCUUCUGGUUAACAUUUAUUGCCUUUUCAAUUCUGGCUUUUCAACGUUUCUACAUUCAUUUCAAUCAUAUUUCAUUAUUACAAUUAAUUCUAUUAACGCUAUGUGUGACAGUGACCCUUCCUUUACUACUUGCUGCUGUUUACAUUCGCCCGCCACGACGUUAUCCAGAUCUAUGGAUUGUUCUUAUCAGUGCUUGUUCGUGUCUUUAUUUUCUGAGCAUAUUGAUUCGGUUUCAUAUCUAUCAAUUCCGAGAAACAACAUUUAAACCAUCUUCAACGAAAAAGAUACAAUAA